AUGGACCGCAAGCGCUCGGCGCUGAGCUCGGCGGGGGCCAAGCUGCUGGAGCCCAAGUCCGCAGUGCCACUGCGGGGAAGGGAGCGCAGCGAACGCAGCGCUGAUGUGGAGGUUGUGGAGAGCGGAAGGCAAAGGUCCAACUCCCACACGGAGCGGCCGGAGAGGCUCGAGAAGCUGGACAAGUGGGAGAAGCCCAGCGACGUCUCAGCCGCCAAGCCUUUUUCAGCUUCGCCUUCGCCCGAACCUCCGGAGCCCAGUGAGAAGCAGGAGCGGGCAGGAAGAUCGUCUUCCAGAAGACCCAGGGAGAAGGAGCAAAAGGAGGCGGAUGAGGACCUGGAGGCCUUGCUCAAGGGCCUGGAUGAUGCCAGCCUCAGCCCCCGCCCGUCGGCCACAACCGCGGCGCCGGCGGCAGCGGCUGCUUCGGCAGCGCCGGCGGCUGCAGCCGCGGCUGCGCCGGCGCCGGUGCCGGCGGCGAGCCCGUGCAAGCCUCCGACCGAGGCGCACUCAGUGACGGCCCAGGGAGGUCCUGAGUAUUGCACCGCCUGCAAGAAGCAGUUCGAGGGUGGCCAAAGCAUCUACGAGAGCCGGCUGUCCGGUGAGCCGCAGAGUCUUUGCAAGGCAUGCUGGUCCCAGGUGGCCCCUCACUGUGCUGCCUGCAGGGAGCUGGUGUCUGGCACUAUGGCCCGGGUGGGUGAGGAUACCUACCAUCAGCAGUGCCUGAAGUGCGCGUUUUGCAAGAAAGCCAUCAACGGCCAGCUCACGAAGAUGGACGUUGGCCUUGCCUGCAGUAGCUGUUCGGACGAGAUCGACCGCGAGUUCAAGGGGAUGCAGAUGGAGUGCUUGCGUGCCUCUCAGCAGUCCAGGCGACGCGCGUGA